AUGUAUCGGCUCUUUCCAUACCUUCUCGCCUGCAGUCUAUCUGCAUUGGCUGGAUCUGCAUGGGCUUCCUUGAAUGACUUUCCAAUUGGUAUUGCUCUUGGAAUAGACUGCCUAACAUCAGCAUACAUUAAUGAAAGUGAUGAUUUUAUAAUGGUGGCCAAGGUCAAUACCACACAAGAGUGGAAGAAUUAUACCUCUUCCAAGCCUGGCUAUUGGGAUAACGGCGAUAAUCACGAAAAAGAGAUAUAUUCGGACUCAGAACUGAAAGAACUGCUCAACGUAACACUAUCGGCCAUUCAGAAAGCAACUGAAACCAAACUCAAUAGACCGAUUGAAGUACUCGGUAUUACAUAUCAUGAUGUUAUGAUUGGAGAUCUCAACAAUCUACUAGAAGUCGCAAUCAAGCUUUUGCCUGGCAUGAAAGACGGCUCGCAAUUACGGCAUUAUCUCCAUAGCAUGAGAUUAGGAUAUCGCCUCAAUACUGCAGAAGCCCUUGGAUACCCAGCAGGAACUGACAUUGACCAAGAGUCCAAUCUACUGUUACAUUUCGACUAUCAGGAUAGUCGUCUUGAGGUCUCAAUAACUGAUGGAGGGACGAAAAUAAGUUUGGUGGAACAAAGGUUCAAAAUUCCCGACUUUGGGGGUGUGGGACAGAUUGCUUCUGUAAGAGCAUAUCUUUUAGGUCUAUGA